AUUGAUCUUCCAUUUGUUGUCAAAUUUUCGAUCUUUUUCUCUCUCUCUCUGUCUCCAGAGAGGACGGUGGAAAACUGAUGUGAAGAUCCAAGGUUUGGAAGCUACCUUCCGUGACCUUUAAUAAGAAUUCUGCCUCUGUGUAUUAGGGCGAAAAGCUCCGUUGUUGUUGGUUUUGUUGAGAUUAAAAUGCUGGAAAACCCUACAGAGACUUCAUCCAAUGCCAACACAACCUCAGUUAAGCGUUAUGCGCCGCCCAAUCAGAGGAAUCGUUCUCUUGGUCGGAGGAAAUCUGGAGUUGAACGAUUUGAUCGAAUAAAUAAUUUUCAUGCAAAUGAGGGGGAGAAGAGUCAAGCUGGUGUCUCAAGGAAUAUUCCUACUAUGGAUCAUGGGGAUGCAAGUGGCAGUAAUCUUGUCUAUGAGACUCCCUACCCGCGGCUAAUAUCCUUAUCUGGAUGUUGCAAUAGUGAAGCUUAUCAGCUCUUAAAUGACAGAUGGGUUGCUGCUAUAAGUUCAUAUAAUGACACAUCAGUAGAUUUGGCUGACAGACCAGUGAUGUACUCUAGCAAUACUGGUCCACCCAUGGCACAAUUUAGACUUCCUCACCAGUUAAUUAAUCCCGGAGCAUCAUCAGGUUCUCAGAUGGAUUUCUUGAGUGAGCUACGCCGUGCCAUGUCUAACGCGAAUGCCAGCUCCAACAGCUUCUAAACUGUUUGAAAUCUUUUAUGUAUUAGAAGCGGCUGUUGUACUUAUCUGACAAAAUUCCUUAAACUCUGUGUGACACUGGUCUAUUAUGUUUGUUUGACAACCUCUAAGAUAAUCAUAGUAUAUUCCUGACAGUUUGUUUCUA